AUGUGGCGGCUUCUGCGAAUUUUCCAAUGGUUAUUCUUGCUCACACUUCCGGUGACCAUGUUCCCCAUUUUCGGCGGUAUAUUUACGGGCAUUACCUUCGGAAUCUGGAACACGCAACACAUUGACAAAACAUCCAACACAUUCGUGGACGAGGUGAAGGACCUCCUAAAUGAUUGGGGUGUAGGAGGUAACGUUCCGACGUUUCGGGAAUAUCUCGAUACUCAUAAUGAUUUUCACCUGAAGAGGGUCAACAGCAAUGACUGGUUGCCAAAGCUUGGUUUCAUUCUUCCGAACGAGUACAGUGACUUGGACGACCCAAGCAUCAGUAUCGACAAAUAUGCCAACCUUGAGACCCUCAUGAGGGAUACGUCUUGUCGUACCUAUGCUCAAAUGCCUCGCGAGCAGUGGCUGUACCUUUCUUAUUUGGCGUUCCCGAGCAUUGACCAAUGGGAUAAUGCUUUCAACGGAGUGCUCGAGUACGUACAUGCUCAUCCCACCUUGAAUCAGAGCGGCUUCCAUUUCGCCAACUGCGGCGAUACCGCUGGAUUCUUGUGCGGGGUUUGGGCAACCAGAAAUCCGGCAUUGUUGCACUUCAAGGUGGAGGAUGACCCCCCAAAAAUGGAAGAUAUAGAAGACGGUCUCACAUACCCUUUCGACUUGGAACACCUACGACCAGUUACAGUGCGGAUUAUCGAAUUCCCCCUCAAAGAAGAGUUUACUGGCCUCCCUCUGUCUGUCUUUCCCGGCCACAAGCAGCAGAUGCUGUCCAUCGUUGCAGGGGAAAGAUUUUACGAGCAAAUCGAGCCCUAUGAUCCCUGGAUCCAAAUGCAAAAGAGGUUUACCGAACAUAUGGACGACCUGUGGGACACCGAGGGCACCAUACUCAAUCACAUCAACAAAAUCGACAGUUGGAUGAUCGAUCAUGUCACAAAACCACUGGGCAUCGAGCCUGUAUUGGUCGAUAUGGGCAGCUUUCUCAUGCUGUUCUCGGCGAUUGCCUCGCAGCUUGCAUGCAACGUAAUCAAGGGCACAUCCUAUUUAGUUGGCGAUUUUCUCGGUCGGCCAAGGCCAGGAGAUCUAUCUCUAGCCGAAGCCGGCAUCAAUAACUACGAAGAACCCGAAGAUCGAUUCUGGGGAGACAUGAUGGGGGGCGUGGCGGAAGGUUUCAGGGCAGGUUUGCAACGUGCCAAGGCAGAACAGAGCAGUGCUGGCGGUAAUGACACAUCGAUCAGCAUUACGAGAGCUUGA